UAAAAAGAUUCCUUCUUCUGAACGAAACGGUCGUGAACGAAACAACACAAGUUGACUACUUCCGUGCACUUUUGUUUGAGUAACCGAAUUUUUUUUAAUCCACGAAUUCAUUCUUCUGGAAUUAGUAGUUGAACGGAUUGAAACCUCUCGUUCGUCCAUCACUACUUUAAAAGUUUUAAAGGCUACUUUUAAGAUUUUUAAGUCUUCGUGUCUGGAUAAACUCGCCUUGGUAUUGGUGCACGUUGACGCUUCUCGGCCCAGUUAGAUUAGCUUAGCUUAGCUCGCUAGCCGGUAACAAAGAGACGCGUUUGUCAGCACCACAUAGCAAACUCGAGAUCGCCUGUAAACUUGUUGUGAUUGUCGUGUAAAAAAAAAUGUGUGCAAGAACGAUAGCAAAGUAUGAGAAGGAACUUUCUGGAACGAAAGAGGAAGACGAGCCACAACGACGACUCGAGGACGCUGUUAGCAUGCAGCCUUGUGUUGUGUUACACAGAACAGGCAUUAGUGAAUAUCUUUGUUCUGAGCGGCAGGAGCCAGAGUCCUGUCACAUCAAAGAGGAACUGAAGGACGAAGAGGUCCACCACAUCAAACAAGAAGAGGAGGUCGAGGCUAUUACCUUGUUUAAAUCGACUGGGGUCCUUUUGAAGAGUGGAGAUGAAGUUCAAAGUGAGGAGAACAGAGGGGCGGAGCCUCCAAGCAGCAGCUCAAGUCAACACAUGAGAACAGAAGGUGAUGGAGACCACAGUGGAGGAUCACAAGCAGACGGCCUCUUAGCGCCACGAUCAGAUAGUGACGACAUGAUGUCAUACUCUCCUGAAACGGAAGAUGGAGAGUCUGAUGGUGAAAUGACAUGUCACACUACCAACAAACAAUGGAAAUGUUCUCAGUGUGGGAAAACCUUUCCUUAUGAGAGACAUUUGAAACUACAUAUGAGAAUACACACUGAUGAGAAGAAUUUUGCCUGCUCAGAUUGUAGUAAAAGAUUCUCUCGUAACGAACACUUGAGAAGUCAUAUAAGAACCCACACUGGAGAGAAACCUUUUACCUGCUCAGAUUGCGGUCAAAGAUUCACUCAAAAGGGAAGCUUGAAAAUACACACGCGAGCCCACACCGGUGAGAAGCCUUUUGCCUGUUCAGAUUGUAGUAAAAGAUUCUCGAGUAAGGAACAGUUGAGAAGUCAUGUAAGAACCCACACUGGAGAGAAACCUUUUGCCUGCUCAGAUUGCGGUCAAAGAUUCACACACAAGGGAAACCUGAAAAUACACACACGAGCCCACACGGGUGAGAAACCUUUUUCCUGCUCAGUUUGUGGUCAAAGAUUCUCCCAGAAGCAGAACUUAAAAUUACACACAAGAGCUCACACCGGUGUGAAACCUUUUGUUUGCGGAGUUUGUGGUAAAACAUUCACCCAGAAGGGAGGCUUAAAAUUACACACAAGAAACCACACUGGUGAGAGACCUUUUCCCUGCACAGUUUGCGGUAAAAGAUUCACUCAUAAAGGACACUUAAAAUUACACACAAGAACACAUUCUGGUCAGAAACCUUUUGCCUGCUCAGUUUGUAGUCAAAGAUUCACAAUGAAGGGAAGCUUAAAAAAACACACAAGAAUACAUACUGGUGAGAAACCUUUUGCCUGCUCAGUUUGUGGUCAAAGAUUUAGUCAGAAGGAACACUUAAGAAGUCAUACAGUAACCCACACUGGUGAGAAACCUUUUGCCUGUUCAGUUUGUGGUCAAAGGUUCUCCUUCAUGGGAAGCUUAAAAAGACACUUAAGAACCCACACUGGUCAGAAACACUUUGCCUGCGCCACUUGCUGUCGAAGAUUCUCUUGUAAGGCUAGGGCUAAGACACACAAGUGUGCCGGUAAGAAUGGAGGUGAUCGAGAAGGUUUCAAUGUAAAUGUUAGGUGAGGUUUAUUCGAUUAGCUUUCAUUCACAGAAUAAUUUCAGAAAACCAACAAAGGAUGAAGCCAACCGAAAAGGCGUUAUGCAAAGCCGUGGCUUAUUAUGCCUGCGCCGAGCUUUACAAGACAAAAAAAACAUAGUUCAGCAAAAAAAGAAAAAAAGCCUGCAAAGCACCAACACAGAUUUCAACUUUUUACAGAGUGAAAUUAAAUUAGUAGUCUUAAAAAGAACGCAUUUUACCUAAACAAAUAAGCAUUGCACACAUUUGUCCCGGAUGUCAAACGAGUACGAAAGUUACAAUAUUUAUGCAAUUCCAUUUGGUUAUACCUGGGUCAUAUAUUUUUUCAGUACUUUUGUUUAAAAUAUACUUUUAAAACUAUAAGCGAACCACACAUUUUCAGGUAAUCGUCGUAGUCAUUCCAUAAAGUAACACCACUAACAGAGACGCGUCUGUUUUAUAUUGGUCCUCUUUUAGAAUACCAGUUCCCCUCAGAUCAUAAGUCUUAAUUUUUAACCAGCUUUUAAACACUAUGGCAAAGAAAAUUAUUGCGUAAUUUGAACAUUAUUUGUUAGGUUUUGAAUUGUACAUGUAUUUAAAUUGAUAAAGCAUUUGUUGGCUCUGUGUGUUCAGAUUGAUUAUGAUUCUUAUAGCUCUUUUUGGUAACUUAAAAAUAGGCUAAGUAUUGGUUUUGUAGGUGUUGGCCCAUAUCUCAACACCAUGAAUGAUGGAAGUAAUCGUAAGCAGUAAAGUGUAUAUGAUUUCAUAUUCAGAACAUCCUUGAUUUUACAGAAGAUGGCAAUGUUAUUUGACAUUGUUUUUUUUAUGUUGUCUGUUUGUGGCUUCCAACAAAGCUUAGCAUCAAUUACCACUCCAAGAAGUGUUUUAUUGGAUACUCUGUCUUAAUAGAAUGUGCUGUGAUUUUCACCUAAUGUUUAAUUUGUUUAUUUUGGCAAAAAAUGAUAAACCUGGUUUUGUUUAAA